AUGCAAAUUUUUGUUAGAAAUCUUGAUGGUAAAAGUAUCACCUUAGAUGUGGAGCCAACAGAAUCCGUAUCAAGUGCAAAAAGAAAAUUUCUCCAAAAAAUGAAUUAUAGGCCAAAUUUUGACAUUAGAUUUUUAUAUCAAGGAAAAUUUAUGAUGGAUAAUAUGCCUAUUGGGGCAUAUGGUGUUGAGAAGGAGUCAAAUGUUCAUUUAUAUGUUAAUCCGGGAAGAAUUUUUAAAUCACAAUAUUUUUCUGAAAUUGGAGAAAGUAGUAAAGAAAUAUAA